CAGGCAGGGCGUCGAGGCUGAGGGUGCCUGUACUAAGACAACAGUGUGAGGACGGAGGUCGUGGCCAAAGUGACGGGUCAGGACGAGGCACUGCAAUAAACAUUUGACCUCUAGGGGAUGCCUGUGUCCCUAUCGGUUUGUGUGACGCGGCGCCUGUAGCGUGGAGACCUCUAGUGACCGAGGGCAGCAGCGGGACACCAUAACGCUACUUUUUGAUAUAUCACUUCCCUUCCUGACCCGGCGACCACGUGAACUGUCUGGGACGACCUCAAGGAUCCUGGUCAAGGCCUGAGAACCAGAGGACUUGCUGGGAUCAUAUCCAGCACCCUGGGUGUGGGGCGCGUCACGACCUGAGGAUAUCGCUGGGAAAGAACAACUUGGGUGAGGGCGGGAGUAGCUGGUGUUUAAAGUGAAGAUAGCAAAUUAUCUCAGUGUGGCGAAGACACCAGUGUUCUCGUCAAGAUUAGAGGUUGUGAGUGCUUAGCUCCGCCAGCAUGGCCAUCAGUGCCUGAUGUGCGGGGGAGAAAGUGUGAGUGUGGCGCGGGGCGUGAGGGCACCCCUAGGCGGAGGCUAUCACGAGAUGUGCCAUUAGUCGGUCUUGCUCCCUGCCCGUCGCUCUUUGAUGCUCACACCAGUAAUUACUCACCAGUGUCGUGAUGUGCACUGGCUGGCUGUGCUGACAAACAUGCUAAUUUGUACAUUAGACAACCCAUUUGUAAGAUUCGUUUUCUCUUAGACUGUAGAAAACGGGUGUAAGUUGCCAAGAUGCGCGCGCGACAACGUCAGUCAUCAGUGAAUCGUGCGAAAUGCAGUGUGGAAAAUCUACCAAAUGGAGCUGGUGUAUGUGUAAGGAGGCGCCACUGUACAGCAUCACGUACAGUGGCUAGUGCAGGUGCUACUAUGAGUGAACAUUGUGUGCACAGACACAGAAGUGUGAGGUACCACAGACCCAGUGCAACGAAUCUGGUCUCUGUACCACUAGUGGCAAAAGUGAACUCGUUAAGAGUACCUUGUAGUGCUAACACACAACCAUAUGAGCAAGUUAUCAAAAGUAAAGAUACUCAAACAAUAGAGGAGCAGAGUACAGGCUCUUACACUCACCAUGUGAUACUCGACCCCUCGACCUGGCCGGCGGCCAUCCGCGGCCCCCGGGUCACCUACGUCGCCGCCUCCACACAUCACUACAUGAAAACCUGGCUGCUGCAGAAGGCGUGGUUGGCAGCGCUUAUGAUACUGGUGCUAGUGGGGUCGCUGGUACCGCCCGUCGGAGCCAACACGCCCCCAAGGUUCGUCCUGAAUGGACAGAGUGAGAUCGUGAUACGCCUGACUGAGGGAGAAGCUGCACCUGUUGGUUCGAAGAUCGCCACCCUGCGUGGCUCAGACCCUGACGGUGAUCCGUUGACCUUCGGCGUGCGAGGGGUUGAGGGCCGCGACCUCCUGAGGAUUGAACAGAAUGGCGCCAAUGAGGCCAACGUGUACCUGAGAAAGGCCCUGGACAGAGAGAUCAAGGAUGAGUACACGAUGGUACUGACGCUCACAGACAAUAAGCUUGGUGAAGGGCAGUUCAUUACACAGUCUAUGCUGCUCCUUGUUGAGGACAUCAAUGACAACGAACCAAUCUUCCGGCCUUAUGAGUCUUCAGUGGUCGUUGAUGAGAAUGCUCCACCCCGAGUGCUGGCCACGCUGCUUGCCACCGACCAAGAUGAAGGGCCGUUUGGACAGGUGAUCUACCGUCUGGAUGCAGACUCUGAAAGCGACGCUGAGAAGUUUACAGUAAACACUUUAGACGGGAAAGGCAUAUUGAGGCUUGUUGGUGAUCUCGACUACGAGAGGAAGUCCCUCUACCAACUUAGGGUGUUGGCAGUGGACCGGGCUAUCAGUGGGCGGGUCAACACGGGAACAGCGGCAUUGGUGGUGCGGGUCAAUGACAUUGAGGAUCAACCACCUCAGUUCAUUCAGGCGCCACCUGUCACCCGUAUCCCUGAAGACAUCCCCGUUAACUCCGGCGUUCUUGAAGUGAAGGCAGUGGAUGGGGACCGGGGUGUGAACAACCCCAUCACGUACUCAAUUCUGGAGGGGGACAAGGGCCUCUUCCAGUUGGACCAGAAAUCCGGUGUCCUGUAUGUGAAGAAGCCCCUCGACCGUGAGAGUCCACUAUCCAACAAUGGUGCCUUUAUUAUCAAGAUCCAGGCCCAGGAGGAAAGUGGGGUGGUGGACCCACCACCAACUAUGACAACAGAGGUUACAGUGCUGCUGGAAGAUGUGAAUGAUGAGACACCCACCUUCAAGGCCGCACACUACAUAGCAGAGAUAGCUGAAGGUUCCCAAUUCAAUAGCCCUGUCAACCUUAUAGGAGAUGCCAUACCUGAGGUGUACGACCAUGACCAGGGGAACAAUGGUACCUUCAGGAUGUUCUUGGAGGGUGACGAUGGUAUGUUUGACAUCACACCUCCUGAAGGAGUAAACUUUGCCGCCUUUCUCAUUCGUGUCAGAAACCCUGCCUUACUGGAUUAUGAGAAAGUCAAGGUGGUGAACUUUACAGUGGUGGCACGAGAGACAGUAGCUGAAAGACCCAAGUCAUCCUCAGCCCUUGUCACUGUCCACAUACGAGACACAAAUGACAACUUCCCCAUUUUUAAUGAAGAUCAGUAUGAGGUUCUGAUCCCUGAGGAUGCAGCAGUAGGAGCAACAGUGGCAUGGGUGCAGGCCAGGGAUCCUGACAGUGGCAACUAUGGUACUCAGGGUAUCAAGUACACCGAUCUCAGGGGUGCCUUAGCUGACAAGCUUGAGAUGAACCCUGAUACAGGUAUGAUCACCCUGAAGGAAUCUGGGGCACUGGACCGGGAGAGUAUUGCUGAACACUACCUCACAGUGGAGGCUAGGGAUGACUUAGGCCAGGGCAACAGAAACACAGUGGUGGUGAAGGUGAUGGUGGAGGACGUGAAUGACCACCCACCAGUGUUCCUACAACGGAGGUAUGAAGCUCGCCUCUUGGAGAACUCUGAAACUUUCCCUGAACCUUUCAUCAUCAGUGCCAGAGAUGAUGACCUCAAUGGUACUAUGAACCAUGAAGUUCGGUACACCAUCUUGAGUGGUGACCCCAGGAACAACUUCACCAUCCACCCUCUGACGGGAGAGAUCAAACCCUCAGCACCACUUGACUUUGAAGCCAUUGACCAGGAGAGAGAUAUCAGAUAUUUUAACCUCACUAUAAAGGGGCAGAUCCAGGAAUAUCAAAACGGGGGGAGGGGGUUCCAGGAAGCUGUGGGUGGGGGAACAUGCAUGGAUUCAAGAAGAAAGUUCACAGCUAUGUUCAAGCUGAGAGUGAUUGAAUAUGCAGAACAGACUAACAACUGUGCAGCAGCAAGGGAAUUUAAGGUUUCCGAAAAAAGUGUUAGAGACUGGAAAAAGCUCUCUGCACAACUUAAGCUUUUGCCGAAAAACAAAUGUGUUAACAGAGGAAAGUGUAACAAGUGGCCACAGUUGGAAGUUGAAGUGGCAAAGUAUGUCAGUGAAAACCGACUGACCAAUACGGAGGGCUCGCGACAGCAGUUGUCCACGACAGCAAGCAAGGCGCAGGACAUUAGCAGGGAGUACCUGAGGGAGAAAAAGAGGGGUGUGGGUCCCAAAUCAGGAACAGAGCCGCGCAGGGGUUACUGCUACCGGGGUCUACGCCUGAGCAGGACGGGUGCAAGGUCGGCAGGAUGUGGUGCCGGAAGAGGAGCUGCGUCUGCCAGAGAUGUUCAGGGUGCUGACGUUUUCCACCACUGUUUCAUCGCGGACUUCUGGAGAUCCUCUAUGGAUAUGUCCAAGUCCGAUCUCCCGAUCAGGUUCAUCUCCUUGUUCUGUGGUUUCAAACCGCCGUGGUUCGGUUCAGGAGCUGAAACGUCCACUUUCUUCUGA